UGAAUGUUGAGUAAUGUUGAAUGAAACAUUAAAAAUGUAAGUGAAAAUAUGGAGGUGAAAUAUACUGUGAGAUAGGCCAAUAUAACAGUUUAUUGUGCAUUAGUUCAUAUCCUUUUUAUAAGUUGUUGUGUUAUGACUUAUUCAAAUAGAAUGCAAAUAUAGGAUAUCGUAUUGAUACAAGUAUGUCUGAAAGUAAAGAAACGUUAAAUGAAGAUGCAAAAAAAGAACUUACAGAUGAGGAGAAGGAAAGAUUGAAAACCCUUUUAAACAAACAUGAACGAAUGAUUUUUAUGAAAGGAACUCCUAAGCUGCCAAUGUGUGAUUAUGGUCGCAAAAUGAUUCAAGUUGUCAGUGUUUUCAGUAAAGAUUUUGAAACCUUUGACAUUUUGGAUGACAACUUUGUCCGAGAAGGACUGAAGGUAUACUCUGGCUGGCCGACCUUCCCACAACUGUAUGUUAGGGGGGAGUUUGUUGGAGGACUUGACACAGUACUUGAACUACAAGUGAAGCAAGAACUGGAAACCCGUCUUAAAUAUUGUAGGUUUAUACGAUUAAAAGCUCAGUACAGUUUACCACACACAUGUGACAUACCUAGAAUGGCAAAGCUCAAAGAAUUGAGUGAAAAGGAUAAAGAAAGACUCAAGAAACUCAUCAACAAACAUGAACGAAUGCUUUUUAUGAAAGGAACGCCAAAGUAUCCUCUGUGUGGAUUCAGUGCUCAGAUGAUUGAUAUUCUGAAAUCUUGCAAUGUGGAUUACAAAACUUUCAAUAUUCUAGACGAUGAUUUUGUCCGUGAAGGACUAAAACUAUUUUCCAAUUGGCCGACGUUUCCACAGCUGUAUGUGAAAGGGGAGUUGGUCGGGGGAUUGGAUGUUGUUUUGGAACUCCAGGAGAAAAAAGAAUUGAUGAACUACCUCAACCCAGCUGUAGCUCCACAAUAACAAUCUUUAGAUUAAUUCAGAGCUUUUUAAAGUUCUGUAUAGUUAUAAAGUUGGCUAUGAAUUAAAAAAUAGAAACUUAACAGAACUUAAUAUUACAAGUCAUGCAGAUCAAAUGCAUUCUAUAUAAAAAUGAACAAUGACAAAAUGCCACUAUUGUUCUAAUUGCUUAUUUGAUUAAGAGUUGUUUAAAUAAACAUUU